GUCACUAUCGCCUCCUCCAAGACCUCAGUUCUGCUCCUCCCAAACCCUUCGGUAAAUCCAACUCAUUAUCACUUGCUUUCUUUCUCUCUCUAACAAACGCUAAUCAAUGGCGUCGUUCGCUGAAGCUCCAUCGGGAGAUGCCAAGGCUGGAGAGAAGAUCUUCAAGACCAAGUGCGCUCAGUGCCACACCGUCGACAAAGGCGCCGGCCACAAGCAGGAACUGACGCUCAAGAAGAAGCUUCAAGACAAGGUGGCAAUAGUCACCGGUGGCGCUAGCGGGAUAGGUGAAGCCACUGCGCGGCUCUUUUCUUUGCAUGGUGCGCUUGCAGUGGUGAUCGCCGACGUCCAGGACGAUAAGGGCCAGGACGUAGCAGCUUCCAUUGGCGCUCACUGCAGCUACAUCCACUGCGACGUGAGCGACGAGGACCAGGUCAAGAGCCUGGUCGAGUCAACCGUCCAGACGCACGGCCGUCUGGACAUCAUGUUCAGCAACGCCGGAAUAAUCAGCAAAUCCAAGCAGGAGGUUCUGGACCUUGACUUGUCCAACUACGACAAGCUGAUGGCGGUCAACGUACGCGGGACGGCGGCCUGUGUGAAGCAUGCGGCCAAGGCCAUGGUGGAAGGCGGAGUGAGGGGGAGCGUGAUAUGCACGGCGAGCGUUGGGGCAACUAAGGGGACGGAUAUUUUCACCGACUACACCAUGUCAAAGCACGCCAUUUUGGGGCUGAUGAGGUGCGCGAGUAUACAGCUCGCGCCGCACCGGAUAAGCGUGAACUGCGUAUCGCCGGGGCCGACGCUGACGCCGAUCAUGAACUCCUCUACUUUUCAGUUUGAGAGUCAGGAAGAGGUAGAUAAGCUGCAGUCGACACUAGGGUUGAAAGGAGGCAAGGACGUGAUGACGCCGGAGCAUGUGGCCAGCGCCGUCGUUUAUUUAGCUUCCGAGGACUCUCCGUUUGUGAGUGGCCAUAAUUUGGUCCUCGACGGUGGAUUCAAAACUUGAGAUCGAUAGAUCGCCACAAGUGUUCAUCACUCAAUAUCUACAUGCAUAUUCAUGCACGUUCGAAAAUAAAGCUUGUCUGGAAGGAAAUAAAGCUUGUUUGGAUUGUUUGUUUUUUGUACGUUAUGAAAUUAAUUGAAAUUGUUUUUAAUUUCCCGGCGAAAUUCUCUUCUUUUCUGUUGUUUCAUUCCGUUAAUGGUUCUCUCCAACGCUUUGGUCUUGGGUUUGAUUUUGUCUUGUUUCAUUAGACUGGU